GAUACGGCCCUUAUUGGCUUCCUUCGAUUACCGGAAUUUCUUCUCGUGAAGCCAAAGGGUGGGCCUCACCAACGCGCAGAUCGAAGACUUCUUGCAAUCGCUACCAAAGCUGGUUCGUCCGGAGUACAUAACCGUCAACGUCAAUCCAGGAAUGCGAGCCAUGGCUGCUCUCGGCUAUACGGUGGAGACACUGAUGCGCCGGCUGAUGCAGCCUUGCGACAAAAUGUUGAUCAAGUGCGCUUGGUUAGGCAACCUGUACAACUGCUCCAAGAUGUUUCGUACGAUCAAAUCAACCGAAGGUUUUUGCUGUGCUUUCAAUUAUCACGCGAUGAUCGCGUCUGACUCCGUAGCUACCUGUUACAGAAUACCUUCUACCUACCAAAAAUUCGUACCAGGGGUGAUUAGCUCGAACACCGAAUCAGAACAAAAUUCCGAUUGGGUUCCCGGAGUGGAAGGAAUCGAGAAAGUCGCAGGAUCUGGCAGAGAUGUCGGGCUGUCCGUGAUAUUUGAUUUGGAAGAGAAUUUUUACGGAGGUGCGACCCGCCCGUAUAUCGGGGCAUCGGUUAUGCUUUACGACGCGGAAGAUUAUCCAGAAAUCUCAGUACUUACCUCUCUGGCAGAACCGGGGAGAGAGAUCGACAUUGCGAUAACAGGGACUAUAGUCGAAAGCGUGCCGAGCGUUCGAACGCUUUCUGUCGAACGGCGACAGUGUUGGUUCGAUGAUGAGGUUAGUUUGAAAUCAUCGCCGCUCUACAGUUAUCCAACGUGCGUUACCGAAUGCAGAAUCGAACACAUCAGGAGCUUGUGCAACUGCAUACCAUUCUACUAUCCGCACUCUUAUACGCAAACUCGCACUUGCGGUCUAACGGAUGUGCACUGCCUGCGAACUUACAGACGAGUUCUGUCAAGCUUACAAACGCCGAUAGAUAUGGGUAUCGAAAACAGCACGCUGGAAACCGCCGAGUGCCAGUGCCUUCCUCAGUGUACUGAUAGAUGGUAUUCUUUCACAACCGAGGCGACCGAUAUGAAACAAGUUAAAUACGACGCACCGAUGUUCCAAUAUUACAGCCAUGGCUUGGACGUUCGAAAUUUAUCUCUGAUUUACGUCUACUUUCGAGACAUUUCGUGUCUUAAGUAUCGCAAGGAUAUUUGGCUCACCUGGGACGGUCUGUUCGCAUCCUUUGGCGGAAUUUUUGGGCUAUGUCUAGGUGGAUCCGUUAUUAGCCUGAUCGAACUCGUGUACUUCUAUGUAGUAAGAAUAUUCCAUAAAAGGAAUUACCAGACGGUUAUUUCAGUAAAGAAGUCUGUCACUUCAAAGUUACAAAACAAAAAUAUCAAAUGGAUAGACGUGACGACAAAUCCCGAUGUGAAUAAUCAUAAUCCAGAGAUGUUAAUGAGCAGCUUAUGGGUACCCUCAAACAAUUCUACAGUGGACCACGCUGCUUCGUUAUCAACCGAGUUCAAAAGUUUCCGAGCUUCUACCAGAUUGAAACACAACAGGAUUAUCGCAAACUAACUUCCACGAUGCAACGUUUAUAAUGCACGGUUUGUUGUAUCCUCACAGAGCAAAGUAAACAUUUUUACUACCAAACAGUCUUUGCGUUCCGAUAAGUUCGAUGUUAUGAAAAGCACAGAAAAUUGGCGUAUAACUGGAUCUUCAUUCGAGUAUUGUUUAAAUCGCAUUUUCAUGCGGAGCGUGCAAAGAGAAUAAAAUCUAAUACCUACGUGUGAAUCACAUGAAAAUUACGUCCACGUGAAAUUUCAAAUAUAAUAUUCUGCCUGCAAUCAAUUCAAAUAAUCCUGCGAUAAUAAAUGAGUCACUAACAAACCGCAUACAGAGCAUAUAAUAAAAGUUAUAAUUUCAGUUAUGAUCAAAGUAAAACGUGGUUGCUGUCCCCUUCGAGCUUGUCUCUUCGGUAAUUUACGAGUGACCCUAUUAACGAAUGAUACGUCAUCGCUAACUGACAGCAGACAUCUGAUCGUUGUCAUGACAUGCAGAAAGUACUGUUUUCAGUAUACGAGCUUUGUCACGCUGCGUAUCAUCGCCGUUUUUAUUACUCGAGCUUUGUCCUGACGCGCAUCAUCGCUGCUCUCAAUGGGUGGACUUGGGCUAUUGAGGCAAGCGGAUGAACGAUGUUUAAAGUUGAUAUUUUCUGGAAGACCUUGAUUAAUUGUAAUAAAUAUCGACGUUUGCGUCAAUAACGUGUAAAAAAAAUAGUUACAAUGUUUUAUGGUGUUUGAAUCAUUCGAGACAGACGGAAUUCAUCGGUAUAUCAGUUUUCGGGAGCUGAUUUCGUUGAAGCAUAAUUUGUAUCAGGGUGCAAACUUACUAGUAUAGAAUGUUUUUUGAAAUAGGUAGCUGCAAUUCUUGGCCGGAAGAAAGUUAACUAU